UGUAACGCACAUACGACAGAGAUUUGAGAAAAAAGACGAGCUCAAAUACUAAAGAGAAAGCAAGUCGUCAUGUCGACUCCAACAAUCACGACACCGCCAGCAGCGGUCGUCCUCCGAAUUUCACUUCCAUCCCACGACUGGCAAAAAGCCAUCAAAGCUAACCUAAAAGACAUGGUCUGGUCCAUCAAGAAGCAGAUUAUAGAAAAAAUGGCAUCGACGGUGGACGAGGCUUUGAAUUUUGGAUUGUAUUUGCCGGCGGAUGUCAAGAGUGGGAAGCAGGGAAAGUUUUUGGAUGAGAAACGGGAGCUAGGGACGUAUGUUAGUGAAUCAAAUACCUUUUUGGAAUUUAUACCCAAACAUCGCAUACUGGCUUCGUCUGCGACUGCAGAUUCGGAUGCAGGAGGGGGAUCCCCAUCGUUAAACAGCAAGAAAAAGCAGAAAAAGUUUGUAGAGGAUGUCCAGAAAGGCAGUGUGGAUAAAGUCAAGGAAAAGGGAGUAAAGGGCUUUGACCCAAACUUUUGGACCGAGGCUGGAGAUACACCCCUCACCAUUGCCGUCAUGAACAAUGACAAGGACAUGAUUUCCACACUCAUUGAAAACGGUGCAUUGCUGGAUUACCGUAUCGGGAAACGAGACGGGUGGAAAACACCAUUACAUGUUGCCGCUCAGAAUAACAAGAUUACUGCUUUACAGACGUUAAUCGGCUAUGGAGCAUGGGUCAAUUGUCCCGAUGCACAAAACCUCACACCCCUUUACUACGCUGCAGUGGGAGGACACCACGAAUGCGUCCUGCGUCUCCUCAUCGCACGAGCCGAUACGGAUAUCUACGAUGAAACCGGUAAAGGACCGCUCCAUAUUGCGUGUUUCAAUAACCACGAGGCUAUUGCGUCGCUUCUCAUUGACCAUGGGGCAAAUCUCAACACUGUGAAUGCGGUUGGGAAUACGCCGCUUCAUGUUGCUGCGACGCGGAAUGCUAAAGAGUGUGCAAAGUGGUUGGUCAUGAGGGGGUGUGAAAGGGAACGGACAAAUAAGAGUGGACAGACGCCGUUGCAGUUGGCUAGUAUGAGUGGAAAUGUGGAUAUCGCAGAGUUGAUUAAAAAGUUUACAAAUGAUAUGAUUGUUCCGCCUCCUCCGAAACCGCUCCCCGUUGAAGAUGGGUUGUCUCCACUACCAGGCACCAACAACCGCCGCGACACAUUCAUGUUUGCCCCCCACCUCCGCUCAGCAUCCGCAGAGGUCGAUCGUCGAAUUUCCUACUUUGGCACACCAUUAAGCUCCGGUACGCCCGAACCACACAUGAUAAAGUCCCCGUCCAGUGCAUCGAUAGCAACUUCAGCAUCUGGGUCGACGAAACGGGAGUCUGCGGCAGCCCCGUCAAGGAAGAGAGCAACCGCAAGGUUGAAUCGGAUUCGAAAAGUGGGGAGUGCAGGGAUUCCUCCGCCGCCCAGUACGCCCAAACCUGGGAUUUCAAAAACGGUGGAUACGGUAUUGAUUGGGCAGGCACAAGGGGUUGAGAACCCAAAAGAAGCGGAAUCGACUCCUUUGGCAGUUAGUACACCCCCCGCGACACCUCCCCCCUCGCAAACAUCAACGCCGGACAUUAAAGAAUCCAAACCGAGUUCAACAACUCAUUCCUCUGCAGGGGGCAGCGCAGCCGCGUCCCCCAUUCCCAGUCGACCCAUGCCACGGAUGGGACCCAGCGGCGCCCGAUCACCGCUUAUUUCUCUCUUCCCUCCCCCCUCGUUACCCCCACCCCCUCAUCUCAUGCUCCAAUCCGGUCAAACCGAUCGGCCAACAGCCACCCCACCCAAACCAACACCACCCCCCAUCGUCACCCCCCUCCCAAAAGAAACGCUCCAAAUCCCUCAAACACCCUCAACGCAAACACCGCGUACACCCACCAAAUCCGAAACGCAGCAUAUAAUCAAUAUGCUUCGACAGGCUAUGGAAUCGGGUGAAGAAGGGCAGCUGGAAGUGGAUUUGGAGACGCUUUUGGAGAGUUAUACGGCUUUGGAGGUUGCGCUUGAGGAUGCUCAUCGGAGGUUGGUGGCUGCUGAGGAGGAGAUCAAGAGUUUGCGAGCUGCAAAAACGGAUGGGGUACAGGUUUAGCAAAAGAACCUCCAAAAAAAAAAUACAUAUUCGGGCAUGUUUGGUUUUUGUUUUGAUAGCCAGUGUGUGCGUUUUCGCUUCUUUUUUUGUUUUUAAACAACUUUUCAACAUGUUGUGGAUUCGUUUUCAAACUAUAUACAGUGCCCAUCAAGAAGCAAGCUCAACACGGCUGUUUAGCAUUCCUCCCAUUCAACCCCACCAUAAUCGUUACAUUUCCACAAGUGACUUUAUACAACUGGUCCACAGGACCUCCGCUUUCGUCCCAUUGUUUGGUACACUGAUUAGAUACCAAAGGAGGGUCCCGAUAACUGUAUAGAGUUUAGAGAAAGGAAUAAACAUUGAACUUGUUGA